AUGCCGACAUGGAAUCCGCCUGCAUCUAUCAUCCUCACCUCCAUGCUGCUACUCGGCCACACUUCCAACAACAUGUCUACACCCGGCUGUGAUCUUCCAAAUUCCACGUCCUCCCUUGUUGCAGGUAGCACCUGCAGGAACGCAAAUUACGGUGACAUGAUUGAUUUGCAACACGAUAUACCUCGCUCUCCAUUUGAGCAGGAUUUGGACUACCCAAAGGUGCUGCAAACGAGCAUCCUCGCGUCAUCCAGCUUUAGGCCACGCAGAUAUGCCUUGAUCUACCCGUACCAUUCACAGGACGGCUGCCAAACCUUGCAUUCGUGGGUACCAGCGUGCACAAUUUAA